AUGGAAGACGAGACAAGAGUUGAGUUGGAGAAGCUACAAAUCUUGGUGAACCAGUUGAUUGAUGGCCCUCGUGUUGAUGCUAACAAUUUUGAACUACGAAUACCCCUUAUACAAGGGGUUGAGCAGCAUCAUUUAACAGGUAGGGCCACAGAAGAUGCAAACCGCCACCUCUUGAAGUUCGUGGAGAUUGCGAACACCUUGAAGUUGAAUGGUGUCGACGACGACACCAUUAGGGUAAGACUUUUUCCAUUCUCAUUAAUUGAUUCUGCUAAAGAGUGGUUUGAGUGUCUACCUACAGAACAAGUCUCCACAUGGAAGGAUAUAGUGGCAGCCUUCCUCGACAAAUACUACCCGCCAGACACCAUCUUGAAGUUGAAGACUGAAAUCUUCCAAUUCAUGCAAGGCCACGACGAGCCCCUCUACGAGGCUGUUGCUCGCUUCAAAGGCAUCCUCUGUGGACCAUCAGGGGCUAACGGAGGAUUCUUGCGGAAAAGUGGAGCGGAUGCCGUGGCGGUGAUAGAGGAGUUCGCCACCAACAGCAGGGGGUGGUCGAAGGAAAGACACAACUCACGAAGGGUAGCAGCCAUCAACGAGACCGAAGAGAGCUCCUUCGCAAAGGAAUUGGCCGAGCUUGGAGUGCGGGUUGACCAAAUGGACACAUCAAGAAAAGAGGAUCCAGUCCCACCGACCUCCGGCAUCGCUGUCACCAAACCCAACACUCCUUCCGCUUCUACUGAGGAUGUCAACUAUGUGCAACAAGGAGGCGGUCCCAAUAGGCCCUACAAUAACAAUUAUCGCCCUAGCCAGAGGGCGCCCUUAAAGAAGGAGGAGAAGUACGACCAAGGGAUCAUGAAGAUAUUGAAAGUGCUAGUGCAAGAUAGAAAGACUAAUGACACCAAGAUUGGAGUCGUUGAAGCAAUGUUAAACAACCUCGAGGCUGAAAUCAACAUUAUUGUCACCGUCGUCACCAACAUAAAGAAUCAAAUGGACCAAAAAAUAGAGGUAGGCAGCACCACCGUGACGUGUUCUGGAGUCUGCCCCGAUGCCGAGCGGAACGCUGCUGAACAGGCAGAAGCACCCACCAAGGAUGGUCUCGUGUGGCACAAUGGGUAUGUAUUCCCUUUCCAGCCAAAGAGGAAGUUUAAGCUUGAAGAGCAGUUCAAGCAUUUCUUAAAUAUGUUUUGUAAAGUUCAUACUAACAUCCCUCUCGUCGACUCGUUGCAGGAAAUUCCUAGGUACGCUAAGCUACUAAGGGAGGCCGUGAUGAAGAAGAAGAAGCUUACCAAAGCCGAUCUCAAGUUGCCUCAUCACUGCAGCGCGAUAAUUCAAAAGGAGAAGGCCGUGAAGCAAAGAGAUUUCGACAAGUUCAUCAUUAGGUGCUCAAUUGGGCAAGGAAAGGUGGACAAGGCUCUCUGCGAUCUAGGAGCAAGCAUACACAUCAUGCCAUUGAAGUACUAUGAAAAUCUCAACAUCAGACCACUCAAAACUUCAGAUGUGAUUAUAAGGUUGGCCGAUAACACCGCAAUCAAGACAAUGGGCAUGAUCGAGGAUGUGUUGGUAAAUGUAGACGAUUUCAUUUUCCCUACCGACUUCAUUAUUCUUGAUAUGAAAGUAGAUAAAAAUGUACCUCUAAUCUUAGGCAGAGAUUUUCUAGCCAUAUGCAAAGCUCUCAUUGAUGUAGGUAGGGGCGAGAUCACAACUAGUGACAACUAUAGCAGAUCCACCUACAAGAUUGAUAGCGCUAUGCUUAAGUAUGAAGAGGCGCAACAAGCUAAGAUGGAGCCUGAAUGCAGGGUGGUCAUGAUGAUUGACCACGGCAAGCCUAAGCUUACUAAGGCUCCUUCGCAGGAAAAACAAAAGAAAAAGAAGAAGAAGGCUCAACCUCAAGCCAACCCUGAAAUAUACGUGAUCAAGACCUCGAAAGGGAAAUACAAGUGGUGGAAAAAGUUGAGCACAAAAUUGGUCCCAUUCGCGGUGUUCAGCACAAGGGUCGUCGAUCCACACACCUAG